UCCCUCUCCAUUUCUCAUUUUUCAUUCAGUAUUUCUGCCUCAGCUGGUGACUAUAUUCUUUUGAAAGGCAUGGCGAGUACUCCAAGUACUAGGCUGUUGUUGCUGUUGGCACUCUGCGUCCUCCCAGCGCUUGUCACUGCAGGCAGCUUGGGGUUCAGACCCUUUCGUGUCAUAGGAAACGUCUACUGCGACACUUGCCGCUGCGGGUUUGAGACCUCCGCCACCACUUACAUUGCCGGUGCAAGGGUUAGAUUAGAAUGCAGAGACCGGAAAACUUUACAGCUUUUGUACACUAGCGUUGAAGGAGUGACCAACUCAACAGGAACAUACGACAUCCUGGUGGAAGACGACCAUCAAGACCAAAUAUGCGAGACCGUUCUAGUUGGCAGCCCACUUUCCAGCUGUCAAUUAGCCGAUCCGGGACGUGCCCGAGCCAAUAUCAUAGUCACCCGUUACAACGGUGUGCUUAAUGACAUACGUUUUGCCAAUGCCAUGGGUUUCCUGAGGGAUCAGGCACUGCCUGGCUGCACCCAACUGCUCAAGAAGUACUUGGAAUCUGAUGAUCAGUAAAUGGAAUUAAGGACCUUAUAACUUUGUGUUUGCUAAUUCCUAUUCGCCAUCUCAAAUACUAGACCUGCUUUUAAUUGCUCUCAAUGCAUGAUAGUAGGGCAUGCAUUUAUCUCUUUAAUUUAGUUGAUGGGACAAGUUAUAUUAAUAUUCCCGAUGUUUUUUCUUCAACUAUAUAUGUAACUUUGGACAAUUAAUUAAUUCAUGUGGCUUUCAACA